GUCAGCCUCCAGCCGAAGCUACCUGGAGUGUCCUAAAAUUUCCCAUUCGAAAGCCUAGAAAUGGUGAGAGUCAAAUAAAAAUGAUACUGACUAUCCUUUUCUAACGUUCAUAAGAUCGUGUGGUAGAAUUUUAACGUUUGAUUAUGUUGAGAUGGCUAGGAUAUUUGAAGAUGAAACUCGUUCUUUUUGGGAACAGCUAUCUGAGGAUUCUCGAUUUGUUCUUACAGGCAUUUGUCAAAGUAAUCAAGAACAAAGCGUAUUUCAAGCGUUUCCAAGUCAAAUUUAAGAGACGACGAGGUCAGUUCACUUCUAAUUUAAAGGCUAUUUUUUAAGCAUUUGCACGGUCGCUUUGGCGAAAGAAAAAGUUGGAAAGCAAAGUCACAUGGCAGUUUUCCUUUUGUUAUUUUCAGAGGGCAAAACUGAUUAUUUUGCCCGCAAGCGUCUGGUGACUCAAGAUAAGAACAAAUACAAUACGCCAAAGUACCGCUUUGUUGUUCGCUUCACAAACAAGGACAUCACUUGCCAGGUUGGUAAAUCAAAGUUCUUUCCCACGAGAGCUCGAAAUGAUAUGAAAUCUGAAAUUGGUUCUGUGGGGAACAUGUUGUUGGCUUGGUUUCAGUGUUCUGGCCGCUCAGUAAAGUCUUUCCUUUAGUAUCUGAAACAGAUUGUGGGAUUUUCCUGAUGUAGUUGGAGUCAUAUGCAGAGUUGUAAGAGCUCUUAUAACUUAGUGAAAAUAAAAAAUCAUAGUCGUGAGCAGUGGUGUCAUAAGUACAAGAAAAUUGGAGCUGUUAGAAUCGGAACAUUUCCGAUUCCUUUGGACUCUGGUGAAAACCAAAUUGUCAUAGUCGCAAGCGGAAGGGGAAAAACAUUCCAAUCCCAAUGUUUGUUCCUGUGCAUUGUGAUUUGCUUAGUUCUUCUGCUUCUGCUUGCGACUCUGUCAACCUAGUGUUCAUCAGAGUGUUAGUGACAGAGUUGUUAGUGGAAAGGGAAUGUUGUUUUUACUUGAUCACAAUGCUCCACGGUUGUGAUAAUGACUCCCACUCUGUGUCUGGUACCACUGUAGACCAGCCUUAAAAUAUUGGACAGUCAGGAAACUGUCAAAUCCGUGUUAGCCUUGCAUUUCCCAGUUGGGCAAACCAGGCUUAAAAAAUGUACCAAAGUUUUCAUUGUCUAAACUAUGUUAAAUCUUAGAAUUGCUAUCGUAAAGACGAACCACAAACUGUCCAGACUUUUAAGACUCAUCAUAAUUAAUCUAAUCUCAAUGUUACCAGUUUCUGAAAGUUCCCUUUGUAUCUCCUUUCCUUUAGCAAAGUGAACUCCAGCCCUAGAAAUGCCUCCAGAAUUAUAUUUUCGGCCAGCCUAAAACUGUUAGAAUCCCUCUAAAUUAAGAGCACAAAAUUGAAUGGCAGCCUUGUACUAAUUUCAUUGUGAAGUUGUUCCUUUUCUGUUUUGUUGUUUUUAAGCCUGCCUAAUGUCUAAUGGCUAUUUUGAUUGACUGUAUACUUCUCUGGUGAGCGGUUCUGUACACUUUAGGUUGCUCCCUUAUUUAGUAUGUAGUGAUCCCAAGAUUUCAAGAAAAACUUGCAGUAUUCAGGAGAAGGAACCAACUGACUUAUCAGGGUAAAAGAAGUUUCUAAACCUUGUUAAUAAUUUGCUCUUUUCUCCUAUUACAGGUAGCGUAUGCCAAAAUUGAAGGGGAUGUUAUCAUCUGUGCUGCCUAUGCGCAUGAACUUCCCCGUUAUGGCAUCAAGGUCGGGUUGACCAAUUAUGCAGCAGCCUAUUGCACUGGCCUUCUGCUAGCACGUCGUGUAAGUAAAAUGCUUACAAUUUUAUUUGUCAUUAUAAGGUGCUACUGUUGUGGUGUAGAGUUGCUAAUUUUGCCUCCAAGGGCAGCAUACUUUAAUUACCUUAAUGUGAAAAUUGAUACGUUUCUUACUAUUGCCUAAAAGAGGCCCCUUCUAUGACUGUCUGUGAGACACUGGUAUUUUGAAAGUUAUUCUGUGAAAUUAUAAUAAAUCUAUGACUCGUAAAAAAUUUAUAAAGUUGGUUGAAUUGAUUGGCCGAGGUAAGAGAGUUGAAGUUGUUGUUUCAGGUACUGACCUGUCAUAUUUGUGGGUUGUGUGUGGUAAAUGAAAAUGUAGUCUGCGAAUACAGUUGUUUCUCUUCGCUCCUCAUCGCUGGCUUGAAUGUUUUGCCAGGAGGAAUGUCUGCGCCUCAGCGACAGAAAUUCCAUACUGAUGACAUAAAUCAAUGUUUACAUAUUAAGUCUGGUAGUCAUGGGUUUCCAAAAUAAUGUAAAUUUGUUUGAUUUUGUUUCUCCUGGUCGAUUAUGGUAAAGUUUUGUGUUCUACUGCGAACAAGCUCCAGCACUUGUAACUCAGAUGCUCUUUUGACAGAAGAAUAUAAAUUCCAGGAAUAUUGACUGUUUUGUCGGAGAUUCAUCACAUGUAUGACUGUGUUUACAUUUGACCUUUGCGGCCUUUUGUGUUUUGUCUGUCGUUUAUAAACAAUAGGUAAAACAAUAUAACUAAUAUAUAGAUUUAGCCAAGUCCAAAAGCGAAGCUCUCGAGGGAUCUUUGUCAAGUAACUCAACUUUGGCGUGAGCAGAAAGCAAACUGAAUUCUACAAGGCUGUGCUCUAGCAGAGCCAGGUGGCCCUUGGUGCCUAAUCUAAUCUCAGAUUUCUCAGAGAAAUCAUAUGCUGGGCACCCUAGAUUUUACAGGUUCAGAGCACUGGGCUUCCUUCAGUUUUUAGUAGGGCACAACCCUGUUCCAUCUUAAANUUUAAAAGAAAAUAAACCUGAGCCCUGAUCAAUUGAAAACCUAAAACUGGUCAGCGGAUAACUUUAAAAAAAUAUGUCACCUUAGUGGACAGCCUUUUUGGACAUCUGUCAGUUAUUGUCGGUAACAUGGAUAUCCAAUACCAUUUCUAACCCAUAGCUAGUCAGUGCACCAUUUUACAUCUGCCAACAUGAAGGGGUGGAUGUAUGUAGGUUGUUUGGACGAUUUUGUUAGAACCAAAAUAUUUUAGAUGCAUAGAUAACCAAAUUUUCUUACCCCUGGUGUUCCACUGCGUGCGCUUUGCAGGACCGAUCAGAGCUUCUGAUCCGAUUCCAGACAAAUUUUAGCAUCAUCUGCAUGGAAUUUCUGUUGCUGAGGCACAGACAUUCCUCCUGUUGAAACGUCCCCAGCAGCAAGGAGCAAGGUGAAAUGGCUGUAUUCACUGGCCGAUGAAGAUGUAAGGUUGUUAGAAUUGCAUAAUUUUACUACUGCAAUUAUAUUUUAAGAUAACCAAGUGCUGGGCGUGCUUGCCCAGGGCUGUUGCAUCCUUGUCUAAGUUUAUGAUUUACAUGUAGUUAGAACAUGACUUACCUAUUCCUUGGGCAUCGGGCAAGUGAGCUCGAAAAGUUAAAUGCUUAAUGGGAAAAUCUGUUGUUGAGGACAACUGGAAAUGGACUUUUCCUGUGCCCUGAAAGUGAAAAGCUAUUUACAGAAGAAUCAGUUUAGAUUACAUGCAGACAAAACUGUUUCUUGAUUUUUCUUUUUCAAAGGGUGUGCCAGAGUGUUACAUAAAUCAACUUUAAAAAGACCAAUACAUAAAUUAUUUAAAUUGAAUUGAGUAUUUUUAUAUGUUUUGGAGGAUAAAAUUGGUUAGUGAGAGUCAGGAUUGGAAUUGGUGCUUUUCUUUUUCCAGUCUAAUGGUUAUGUUAUUCUUUUUUCUCUUUUAGUUGCUAACCAAAUUGAAUCUUAAUGAGAUUUACACUGGGACAGAAGAGGUCAAUGGUGAUGAAUACAAUGUUGAAAGUGUAGAAGGCUCUCCUGGUGCCUUCAGGGCUUUCUUGGAUGUGGGGUUGGCCAGAACAACUACUGGAGCCCGUGUGUUUGGUGCCCUUAAAGGAGCUGUUGAUGGUGGCCUGGAUAUCCCCCACAGGUAUGGAUUAUUAAAUUACGAUUUGUUUGCAUUCAUAGUAAUAUUACUUAGGCUACAAGGGUACACACCUGUCAGAAGACUGUUUGUGCAUUUCAACGAAGAAUGUUACAUGUGGUAAUUGUCACACAAAUAAAACCAUGAACACCUAAAAUAUUUCAGGAAUGUUUAUUGUGGUGCGACCAAUCACACCAAAGAUCAGGACAUGUGAGCUAGCCACAAAACCACAAACUUAUAAAUGUUUUUGCUUGGGGUUUAGUUUUUUCAUACUUACUCUGUAAUAAUAUUGUUUUUUUUAAAACACAAUAACAUUCUAGAAAUAUUUCUGGUGUUCACGGUUUUGCUUGGUUGACAGUACAUUAUUCAAUUAGAAAUAGUAGAAGGAGAAUUCUUAAUUUUCUUUUUUGUUUGUUUGGUUUUUAAUACCAGUUGUGAAGCUUGUUCUAAAGAAUAGGUAUAAGAGUAAUACACCUUCCAGUGCUUCACUCUUCCAAGUGCCAGCAUUUUAAAAGCACUCAGGCUAGCUAAUUUUCUAAAGCUACCUAAAUGGGCACUUGAGAUUCAAGAGAACAUCCUUGGUAACUGUUAGAGCUCAGUGAUCAUGUGUCAGAUUAUCUUAGUCAGUGGUUUCAAUAAAUAUUGAAGUAGUAAGCAGGGCUGAACAGAGUAACUGACUGUAUCAACAAGGAGCCAGUAGUCAACAUUUUCAAGGGGUGUCUCGGGGUUAGUUUUAGAUUCCAGAAGAUUCGGGUUUAAGUCAAACUGUUUAGCCACACAAUAUUAAUGCCUAUAAGCAAUGAACAAAUGAUAAUUACUAAGUUACGUACAUUGUUGUGUUAACAAAUUCUAUUUCUGUCCAUGACAUUAUUCGUACUAGUUGCAUAUUCUUUGGGGAAAAAAGUAGCCGACUUCUCUGAGCAAUGUAGCCAUAACGUUUUGUCGGUCGUUGGUGCUUAUUGAAACUCCUGCUUAAUCUUUUGUUUACAGCAUGAAACGAUUCCCUGGCUAUGACAGCGAGUCCAAGGAGUUUAAUGCUGAGGUCCACCGCAAUCACAUCUUUGGACAGCAUGUUGCCAACUACAUGAAGGAAUUGAGGGAUGAAGAUGAAGAGGCGUACAAGAAACAGUUCUCUCAGUACAUCAAGAAUGGAGUUGACCCAGAUCAGGUGACCAUGCAAUGGACAAUAUUAUCACUGCAUUACUUUUGAAGGCUUCAGUUAGGUUCUUCUUCAGUGAGGAAUGGGGCUACUAGUCUGGUCUUGAGUGAUAGUUUAAGAUACCAAUUUAAUUUUAAGAAAUUCUCUUACCAUUAGUCUUGCGUUACAUGUCUGCAAUUGUGUUUGUUUAAAUGAAGAUAUGAUCAUCGCAGUGGUAAUUGCAAUUUAAGCAAUUGCAAAUUAACCCGGGAAAAAAUUGUAAAAUGUGGGACUUCAACAGGAUUUGAACCCAUGGCCUCUGCUUUAGUUUGUCAUAGUAAGAGUGUAACCAAUCAUUAAGUGGUGUUGUGAUGCUGUUUUAGAUGGAGGAGAUGUACAAAAAAGCUCAUGCUGCUAUUCGUGAAAGCCCUGAGGCCAAACCUGCCCCCAAGAAGGAUGUUCAACCCAAGAGGUAAGGGUCUUCCUAAAGAUAAAUAGCAGUAGUCUACAGGGCAGUUUGAGUUAUCAGGUACUGGUAUAUACAAUUAAUAGGUAAUUAAUAGUUAAUUGAGCAGCAAGGAAGUACAGUUUUGUGUAAUGGAUUAUUAUUUUACCCAAAGUAAAUUAGCAGGACUAAAGACACCAUACUCAAGACUCAAGCACAUGUUCAGCAACUUACUAUAUCUGUUUUAGCAAUCCCUGCAUGCUUCGCGCGUCACUUCAUCCGUGAUGUAAACAUUACAUUUUGGUUCUAGUAAUUUCAUUUUUUUUUUGUUUCCUCAUGAAAGUAGGUGGAGGUCAUGCUUUAGUAGACAGGGCAAAAUUCUUGGCCUUUUGCCAUUAAUGACAGCCUUGAGCCUCUUUUUGGGUUUGAUGUUACAGCUCUGUUUUCAUUGCAUCAUUAUUCAUGUAGUGUAGUUGUCUGUACCACAUGUUACGUCACUGAGAGACAGUCACAGGGAAUUUUAAGAACAUUACAGGACAAUACAGGGUGUGCCAAAAGUUCGUUCCUCUAUUUUGAUGCACAGUAACUUUUGAUCAAAACUGUAUUUUUACAUGAAAUUUCUAAGAGAUGUUUAUUUGUCUAUUGAGUACAUGUAUUCAGAAUUUCAGUAACUGGCAUGCCCUUUUUGUUUGUAACCGUUCAGAUGAUCCAUUUUGAGCUUUUUUAUCAAUUGGUGCGUGGGACCCAGUACAACCCCCAAACAAUAUUUGUUUAGUUUAGGCAGCUGAAAAAUAAUAUUUUGGGCAUUCAUCCAAAAAAGAUAAUCAUCCCUGCCCCCUUCCACAGCAAGGCUUUUGUUCUUUACAAAUUUGAGACGAGCUGUGCGUUACUUGGCAGACUAAGCAGAGGUUUUUUUGGCCAUCUCAGGGGCCUCCAAUAAUUUUAAACAUUCGUUUUUCAUGACCCGUUGUGGACUUGGCUUGCUAACUAUGUGAGAGCCUGCUCGUUAAGUCGCCCAUUUUGUACCUAGCCUUCUUUAAAAAUAUUUUAGAUGCUUUAUUCAGGACUUUAAGUCUUCCCCUUCGUUUCUUGCCUUCAAAACCGUCAUUUCUCCAUGAUCAUUUUACCACCCAACAUUUGGAUUUUUCCAAUAUUUUAGCAGUUUCUACAACAGAUAGGCCAGUAAAUCGAAGUAUACAUGCUUAUGCUCUCACGUAGCUGAACGUUUUUGCGUUAAGGGGGUUUAUCUUUCGUGAUAUUUACAUAAAACAAGGAAGGAGUUCGAUCAAUUAGGGCUAUGAAAUACAAAAAAUAUGUGGCUGGAAAAUAUACUCGCGCACGCGCACCUUUGGCGCGGAAGUACACAAAUCGAAUAUUCGAGUCAAAAGAUGGCUUAACAAGUAUGAAAAUAGUGAAUUCGGUUGACAGACACAACUUUUGUUUAAAUGAUUUGCUUACCAAGUCCAAUCGUACUGAAAUACAGACUUUUCAGAGGAACGAACUUUUGGGACAUCCUUUACUUACUCACCAGAGAAUAAACAAAUUUAUUUAAACAAAAGAACUUCCUUGUACUAUCCUCGGUUAAGAUUAUUGGUGAUAGCAUUUAACAUGUUAUGUCGUUUUUCAGGUUCAACCGCAAGAAGAUGUCCCUGCAGCAACGCAAGGCUCGUGUUGCUCAGAAGAAGGCGUACUUCCUGAAGCAGCAGGGAGACGAUGAAGCUGAUGAGGAAGAGGAUGAUGAAGAAUAAACCAGUGUUUCUCAUAAAUAAAUAACUUGAAAGAAUAGUUUUGUUGAUGUCAUUUUUUCGGCAGCCUGUGAACAGGGCUUCCAGUUAAGGGUAUAAAUUAUGGGGGAGAGCAACAAGUGAUGUGUGCUCAGUUUGGGAGACUUUUACCCUGCGUAG